AUGGGGAGUACAGGUGAAGCUGAUCGGAAACGACGUCAUAUUAGCUCUAUAUCACCGACUGCCGCUACUGUGAAGAAACACCCCUUCCUGCCCUUAACCGAGGAUAAAAAGCUCAAUGCAGCAGUACUUCAAUUUCAAAAUCAGAAACUGACCCAGAAGUUAGAAGCUCAAAAGGUCGAAUUUCAUGCUCUGCAUUCCAAAUUAUGUCAAUUGAAGGAGAAACAAAAGUCACAUGCGAAGACUUUGGCUGUGGUUAAUAAUUCAUGGGAAGAGCUGGUUGAUGACUUGGAAUCACGAUCUAGUCACAUAAAAGACUUGAUGACGAGUGGACGAGGUUCUGAACAACAAAUUGUCAUAGAUGAUGGUGAUUCACCUCCUGAGAAAGCUUUUUUAGGCCGCCUCUUGGAAACAGGCGCAACUGAAAGCAGCUCAGCUGGCACAACCACAGAUCUGACUGAAGAUGAUAGACAAAUUGAUGGUGAAAAGACAAAGAGCAUAUUGCACAAGAUAGUCAACGCAUGUGAGGAUUUGGGUAAUCUGAAGAGUAGCUUGUCUACUGCAUGUUUGAACGUGCUUCCGUCUUAUGGAUGGGGCCAGCAGGGGUUACCGUGUGAUUUGCAGGCGGAAGUUAAGAAUCUGAGACUGGCAGUGGGAAGUAUUCACUCGAAGCACAAAUCACUGGCCGCUGAAUUUCAUGGCCAUCGAGACACUGACACAAAGAAUAAAGCCGAUCUUAAAUGUUUGAAAGGAGAGUUGGAGAAUUCGAUUUUGGAAUUGGAAGAAAGCAACCAUAAUUUGGCAAUCCUAAAAGUGGAGAGAGAUUUGGCAAAAGGAGCAUCUUUCCCCGUCCUGAAUCAACGAAACAAGCACGUCAUGAGUGAUGAUACCAGAGACAAACAAGAUGAUUUGCAACAGACGGAGUCAACACUCAAGGAGUUAUUGAACCAAUCCUCUUCCCGACUACGGGAACUCAGACGUCUUCAUGAAGAUAGGAUAAAGAUAUUGAGGCAGUUAUCAAAUUUGCAGAACAAUCUGAAGAAUGUCAAAUGUGUUUGUUCCUCCCGAGCAUAUCUUCUGCUAAAAGAUCAACUUGCAAAGUCUAAAGCCGAUGUAGUUCGAUAUCAAGCGCUUUAUGAGAAACUACAGGUUCAGAAGGACAAGAUUAAAACAUGCAUUGAAGAAAAAAGGCUAAUUGAAGCCAAGCUGGUAGAGGCGUCUAGAGAACCUGGCAGGAAAGAAAUCAUUGCGGAGUUCAAAGCUUUAGUUUCUUCAUUUCCUGAGAAAAUGGGUAACAUGCAGAAUCAGUUAGUUCAACACAAGGAGACUGCUUCAUAUAUUCAUUGUUUGUGUGCUGAUGUCCAAUCGCUUAUCAACAUUCUUGAUGGCAAGGCUAGGGAAUUGGACUCAUUAUCCUCCAGAUCUGCUGAGCAAAAUGCUGAAAUACAGAAAUUACAAGCUGUGGUCCAUGAUUUGAAGGAAGCUGAUUCUGACAUGAAGCUUUUUUUGGAAAUGUAUAGACGUGAAUCAACUGAUUCAAGGGAAGUUGGUGAAGCCAGAAGUUCUGAGAUCAAGGCUUGGGUUCAUGUUCAGAGCCUGAAGAAUUCUCUGGAUGAACACAAUUUGGAAGGGCGAGUUAAAGCUGCCAUUGAAGCUGAGGCAAAAGCCCAGCAAAGGUUAGCCACUGGAGAAGCUGAGAUUGCUGACCUGAGACGGAAGUUAGUGGCCACUAAAAGGGAGAAAUCCAAGCUUUCUGAUGUCCUAAACUCCAAACAUGAGGAAACAGAGGCCUAUCUUUCAGAGAUUGAGACCAUUGGACAGGCAUAUGAUGAUAUGCAGACUCAAAACCAAAAGCUUUUGCAACAAAUUAGUGAAAGGGAUGACUAUAACAUGAAGCUUGUUUUUGAAGGUGUGCAUUCAAGGCAGAUGAGAGAUAAUCUACUUGUGGAGAAGCGUUCCCUAGAGAGAGCCAUACAACGAACCAAGACAUCUGUUGAUUUUCUUGAAACAAAAGUAGCUGGAAUUGAAGAUCAGUUGAAAAGCUACUCGGAUCAAAUUCAGAGACUCACAGAAGAUAGGGUCCAAAUGAUGGCUACUUUCGAAAAUAACCAAAAGAGACAGUUAGAUGUGAAAAAGUCCUCUCAGCAACUGAUAGAAACUCUUGAGGAAGCACAGGCCAAGGUUGACAGGGGUCGACUGGAUCUUGCCGAGCUGCAGAUAGAGCUAGAGAAAGAGAGAUUUGAGAGAAAGAGAGUUGAGGCAGAUCUAGAAACCAUGAGGAGGAAGGCUGAACAAUUGAAGUCACAUGCUGACGGCUCAUCUGAAGCUGAAAAGCUUAAGCAGGAACUCGGAGAAUACAAGGAAAUACUCAAGUGCAGUGUUUGCCAUGAUAGGAGAAAAGAGGUGGUUAUCACAAAAUGCUUCCAUCUGUUUUGCAAUCCUUGUGUAAAAGGAAUCAUUGAAACGCGUCACCGCAAGUGCCCAGAGUUGGAGCCUGGCAGUGAUGCAUCACUGCCUCAGAUGCAUUUCAAAUCAGUGUUAGGCAUGAAGUUUUGA